GUGAUAAAGGUGACAGAGGAGAUAAAGGCAUGCCAGGGAAAAAUGGUAAAGAAGGUCCCCAAGGUUACCGGGGUCCCAUGGGUCCUCAAGGGACUAAGGGCCAGGCGGGCUCCCCGGGAGAUGCCUGUAAGCCACAGCACUCCUCCUUCUCUGUAGGGAGACGUAAAUCCCUCCACAGUAUAGACUACUACCAGGCCCUGGUGUUUGACACGGUGUUCGUCAACCUCUACGAGCACUUCAACAUGUUCAAAGGUAAAUUCUACUGCUUCGUCCCAGGUAUCUACUUCUUCAACGUGAACAUCCACACGUGGAACUUCAAGGAGACCUACCUCCACCUGAUGCACAACGAUAAGGAGCAGGUGAUCCUGUACGCCCAGCCCAGUGAGAGGUCCAUUAUGCAGAGUCAGAGUGUGAUGAUGGACCUGCGCUGAACGACGAGGUCUGGGGUCAGCUCUCAAGAGGGAGAGGGAGAACGCGUCUAUAGUGAUGACGUGGACGUCUAUAUUACCUUUAAUGGAUACCUGGUGGCGCCUAGUGUCUCAGGUGAUCAGAGUGGAGGGGGAGGGGGAGGAAACUCUGGGUUGGAUUUGGUCGUUUUAUCCAUGCCUAAAGUUCAGUGA